AUUCUGUCUAUUGUGUUUAUCUUGAGCUCCACAGUUGUCUCGUGAAUGGAUACCGGAUUAUCGUUUAAGGUUAUUAUUACCCCUCUCUCGGACAUGGACUGGAAAACAUCGUAAAUAAUAGUCUGCUGUGCACAAAGAGGAAGAUGAACAAAGGCUGGCUGGAGCUGGAGAGUGAUCCAGGACUCUUCACUUUGCUGGUUGAAGAUUUUGGGGUCAAGGGUGUCCAAGUAGAGGAAAUCUAUGAUCUGCAAAGCAAGUGUCCAAGUCCUGUCUAUGGCUUCAUCUUCUUGUUCAAGUGGAUCGAGGAACGUCGAUCCAGGAGGAAAGUUAACACUUUGGUGGAUGAGACCUCUGUCAUUGACGAGGACAUUGUAAAUGAUAUGUUCUUUGCUCACCAGCUGAUACCAAACUCAUGUGCCACCCACGCUUUGUUGAGUGUGCUUCUGAACUGCAGUGGCGUUGAGCUCGGCACCACCAUUAGUCGCAUGAAGGCUUUCACCAAAGGCUUUAGUCCAGAGAGUAAAGGCUACGCAAUUGGAAAUGCCCCAGAGCUUGCCAGAGCACAUAACAGCCAUGCCAGACCGGAGCCCAGGCACUUACCGGAGAAACAGAAUGGGAUCAGUGCAGUGCGGACCAUGGAGGCCUUCCACUUCGUUAGCUAUGUGCCCAUCAAAGACCGCCUCUUUGAGCUCGAUGGACUAAAAGCUUACCCCAUUGAUCACGGGCCCUGGGGAGAGGAGGAGGAAUGGACCGAUAAAGCUCGGCGGGUCAUCAUGGAGAGGAUUGGACUGGCCACUGCCGGUGAGCCGUACCAUGACAUUCGCUUCAACCUGAUGGCAGUGGUGCCUGACCGCAGGAUGAAGUACGAGUCCAAACUUGAAAUUCUUAAGAGGAAUCGACAGACUGUUCUGGAGGGUCUGCAGAAGAUGAUCCGGCUCAAUCAGCCCGAUCUUGCACAAGACAAGAAGCAGCAGGAGGACGAUGGCACCGCUGCGAUCAAGAAAGAGUCAGAUGCAGAGCCAGUAACAUCCCAGGGGGCUGAUCCGGAUUCAGUUGAUGAGUCCGGAGCUCGGUCUAAAGAUGCUGCUAACCCUUCAAGAAACGCUAAGGUCAUGGGUAAACCUGCAGCUCCCUCAGGAGGAGGGGUCACCAGUCCCAACCCCGUCGCUCAGCGGCUGCCGGCCUUCCUGGACAACCACAACUAUGCCAAGUCUCCAAUGCAGGAAGAAGAGGAUCUUGCUGCUGUAGUUGGUCGCUCUCGAGUGGCAGUUCCCCCCAAACCCCCUUACACAGACGAUGAAGACGACGAUGCGGAUGAAGAGGAGGAAGUAACUGGUUCUGCAGGCACAACCAGGUUUAGACGGAAGGCAAGUCUGCGAUCACGACCAGUACGGGUAGUCACUGGGAUGGAGAGCCAGAUUGCCCUCACUGUAUUAGCUGAGAAACUGAAGAAGGAGGUCCAAAGGAAGGAUGCCCUUAACACACCCCUGUCUGUCCGCACAGAAGGGCGCACGGGGGGCAUUUGCAUCACAUCUGCUUCACAGCCGUCCCCCACACCCAGCAACGAAAGCACUGACACGGCCUCUGAGAUUGGCAGCGCCUUCAACUCCCCGCUGCGCUCACCCGCUCGCUCCCAGGCUGCCACGCGCCCAUCAAGUCCAGUCGCAUCCCAUCUGUCUCGUGUGCUGUUCGGAGAAGAUGAGAUGCUGAGGCUAGACUCCAGACACAACCGCGCUGUGAGAGAGCUGGGUCCCUCUGUCAGCGCUGCUCUGCUACAGCUGCAGGAGGACGGAGUCAUCUUCGCUCUCCCUCCAUCUGCAGAUCUGGCUUCUGAUGGAACAAAGCGGCCUUGCACCCCUGAGAAGAUAAAAGACAAAGUAAAAGCAGAGCUCUCCGCAGGAGACAAGGAAGGAGAUGAGGGGUCGUCUGUGGUGGUGAAGGAAGAGGGGAGCAAAGAUGGAGCAGAUGUAAAGCCUAGCAAGGAGAAGCUCAACGCUGCGGAAAUGGCUGCAGACAGCAAGCCCCCUGGGGAUAAGUACUCUCCUAAAGAGUUGCUUGCACUGCUCAAGUGUGUGGAGGCUGACAUUGCCAAUUAUGAGGUGUAUCUAAAGGAGGAAGUAGAAAAGAGAAAGAAAUACAAAAUUGAUGAUCAAAGGAGGACCCAUAAUUACGAUGAGUUCAUCUGCACCUUUAUAUCAAUGCUGGCCCAAGAAGGCAUGUUGGCCAGCCUUGUGGAGCAAAACAUUUCUGUGCGUCGACGGCAGGGAGUGAGUAUUGGCCGCUUGCACAAACAGAGGAAGCCUGAUCGCAGGAAACGCUCCCGACCGUACAAAGCCAAGCGCCAAUAACUACAAACAAUCAUAACUUCUAUAAGAAAGUAACUCUGUGAGCAAUCACCCCAGAGAAAAUGAAAUUGUUGCACUCCUGAAACUCUCAUAAAGGCCGUCUAGUGUUGUAUUUUAGCCAGACCCUCAUCUUCUUCAUCAAAUCGACCAUGUUACCAAGGUCAGUUAUUUUAUAAUUUAUGUAUAUACUGUAUGUACUACCAUUUUAAUCUCAAUGCAAAUGUUCUUCUUCUUGUGCCACUGCUUUUGACACUUGUAAAUAUGAUAAAAGGCAUGUUCCCAAUGGUGUAUCUGAAUGCUUUUUUUAUCCAUCAAAGUAUUCAUUGUUAUUGGAAGAUGAUCUCCAAAGUCCUAAAAUCCGCACAACUUCUUAUGUAACUACAAUUUGGUAAAAAUAAGACGAUAUUUCCUAAACUUUAUGCCAUACUAGAUUUCUUUAUGGUGCCAAUAAAGUACUGAAUGUUUUGAAAGAAAAAGGCCAUGUUUUAUCCAUCCCUAGCAUUUCAGUUAUAAUAUCCUCACUGUUGGUAAUUUACUAUACAACAUAAAAAGCAUAUUUUAUAUCACUUGUUUCAUGGACAAUUUUUAAACUGAAGAAGACGUCAUGAUGCAUUAAGGUUUAUUCUUUUCAUCGGAAUGUCCUUUAAACUGAGGCUUUCUAGCUGUGUCUAGAGGUCCUGUGAAUGAAAAAGAAGCUAUUGUUAUUUUUGUACCAGAAAUGGGAACUCAAAGUGAGUGAAUAGAAGUUGAAUGUGUGCACUUGUGUGUUUUUGUACAUAUGUAUCUGUUAAUUGGCUCACCUGUACACUGAGGUCAGUUGUUCUUUGUGCUUGCGAGUUCAUACUACAAUAAAGUCAAUGAAAAUAUCUUGCUA